AUGUUCAUCAUUUACUGGCGGAUUCGAAAAUGCCAACUCUCCCAGCUGAUCAUGAUGUGUUUUGUGCUCUCGGUGAUCAAAGUGUACUGGGAAAGUCUUGACAGUAACGUGUUGGGCCACAUCAAGUCCUACUCCUACCGCCUGGUCAACAACCUGGACUUCAUCAGUGCCAACCUGACGAUCAGCCGCAAGGAGGCGCAGAAAUUUAGCGACCACCGCUACCUGAUAAACCACGAGCAAAAAUGUGCCAACCGGGACGUGAUGCUCCUGCUGUUCGUCAAGAGCUCCCCCGAGAACUUCGAGAGGAGGCAGGCCAUCCGGUCCACGUGGGGGAACGAGGUGUACAUCGAGAGGGCGCUCGGCGUGACCGUCAGGGUCCUGUUCGCGCUCGGCCGCCACCCUCGACCCUUGGACAGAAAAAAGCUUCAGCAGAAGUUGUACUCGGAGGACCAAAGGUACCAAGAUCUGAUCCAGCAGGACUUCAUCGAUUCCUUCCACAACCUCACCAUCAAGCUCCUGCUGCAGCUCGGCUGGAAACACGCCUACUGCCGACACGCCCGCUUCCUCAUGUCAGCCGACGACGACAUCUUCGUCCAUCUGCCCAACCUCAUCCGCUACCUGCGAGAGGUCGACCGGGCCGGCGUGAAGGACUUCUGGGUGGGAAAAGUGCAUCGAGGCGCUCCCCCCAUCCGGAGGAAAGACAGCAAGUACUACGUGUCUGAAGAGAUGUACCCCUGGCUGCUGUACCCCGAUUACACCCCCGGCGCCGGAUACGUCGUCUCCAGCGACGUGGCCUCCAGGGUCUACCAGGCCUCCCUCACCCUGAACGCCUCUCUUUACAUCGACGACGUCUUCAUGGGCAUCUGUGCCAACGCCAUGGGCAUCUCGCCCCAGGAGCACGUCUUCUUCUCCGGCGAGGGCAGGGCUCCCAACCAUCCCUGCAUCUACGACCAGAUGAUGACGUCGCACGGACACGUGCGGGACUUCCACGAACUCUGGAAACACGCGACGGAUCCUGAGGUGCGCCGGGUGUCCUCUGGAAUGUUCGGGAGUCUGUACUGCACCCUGACGAAGUUUAGACUCCUGUGUUUACAACACUCUUUAGACACGUACUCGUGCAAAGCGGCUUUUUUGUAGGAAGUCAGUUUCGUACCUUUUUAGAUUUUUGUCAUUUGGA